CAGAGGGUGCUUCAAACUUAUCACAUCACGCGGCCCGCCGACGAAGCCGCGGCGCGCGUGGCCAGCACCUCGCGCGCGUCUUCCAGCGCCGCCUGGACCUGCGGCGUCUCGGGAUGCGCUUCGCCGAAUACUUGCUUCCACGACCGUGCGACAGACUCGAGCGUCUCCACGGCUUUGCGGAUAUGGUCGAGCGUGGCGCUAGCAUCCAGGUAGAGCGCACGCGCGUAACAGUGCCUCAUCUUGAGCGUGACUCUAUGCCCUUCUCCGAGAACGCGUCGCGCCACGGGCAUCAUUUUGCGCAUCAGAGUCUUGGCUUCUGCGUAGCGCCGUAACUCGCCAAUAGCACGAGGGCGCAACGCCGGCGGGCGCGCCACAUUUUAUAACGACGGGGGGACAUCAAUCGGGACAUCACGCGCGCACGGCGCGGACAUGAUACUUGGCAUGUGACAGGAGACACACAUGGGCGAGCUACGCGUAGGGCGAGCCGCCGUCGUAGGGCAGCGACGCCGCCGAUGCCUCCUCAAAAUGCUAUGGUAACUCUGCCUUGUUUUGCGAUAAGCCGCCGCCGUCGCGCCUCUGCUCGCGCUCCAUGCCUCUGCUCCGCCGCUCACGAGUCCUGUCAAGACUGAUAAUCGAAAAAUCCGCCGCUC